CAGGCGCUUUUCAUCCUGCUAAGGAUUCCAGUGCAUUUUUUUUUUUUUAAAGGGGGCAUUUGCCUUUCUCUGCCAGAGUCACGCAGGGUGCAUCUGCAGGAAGGAAGACCUAGAGGGUGCAUUAAAAUCAGGAAAAUUGGAGAAGCUCCAUUUCCGUCUUGGAAAUGGAAGAUCCGGUGAUGGUCCUCAAAGUGGCAGGAGGGUCAGGCACGGUUGGAAGAAACCCUCAGCUGCUACCGACUGGAAGCAUUGGGCGAUUCCCACAAAGGGUGUCAGCGCAGAAGAAAGUUAAGGAGGAGCCAGACGAAGUGGUACUUCCUUCUUGGGACACCCAGCGGCAGCACUUUCGGCAGGAAACGGGGUCCCCUUCCUCAGGAUGGGGGUCUCCUCAGCCGCCCCCGGAACUGACCCCAUGGGAUGAUGCCAAGGGCUUCCUGGCCUCCUUUGAGCAAGUGGCCAAAGCCUGCCGGUGGCCAAAAUACGAGUGGGCAGCCCGUCUCUUGCCCGCCCUCAGUGGGCAAGCUGAAUGGGCCUUCAGUGGCCUGGAGGCCGGAGAGCGAGAGGAUUACGGGAAAGUGAAGACGGCCAUCUUGUGGGGAAGCGCCCUGAGCCGAGAGAAGCAGCGCCAGCACUUUCGCCGUUUCUGCUACCAGGAGGCUGAGGGCCCACGGCGGGCUUGCACCCGUCUUCAGGAGCUUUGCCGCCGGUGGCUGAAGGUGGAGAAACACUCCAAGGAGCAGAUCCUGGAGUUGCUGAUCCUGGAGCAGUUCCUGACUAUCCUGCCAGGGGAGAUUCAGAGCUGGGUCAGAGCCCGGGGCCCCGAUACCUGCUCCCAGGCGGUGGCCCUGGCCGAGGAUUAUCUGCAGAAGCAGCAGAAAACGGAGGAGUGGGAGCAACAGGAUGGCAUGCCAUGUGAGGAAGUAGCGGUUGGUUUUUCAGGACCAGAACAAGCUUUCCAGCCUCCGGAUCAGAGCCAGCUGCACGGAGAAGCCAAAGGAGAAAGUGAUGGGGACAACUGUCUCCCAGAGUACGGACCUGCGAAUGAUCAGAAGGAGAGAAGCUGUUUGCAGGAAGGAGGUAAGGAAAGGGAUCUGUGCUGGAUCCCCCAAAGACAAUUCGCGGAGAACUUUUCCCGGGUCCCCGAGCAGCGGAAACUCUUCCAGAAUCAGACCCAGCCAAAGAUUCAGCAAGGAAUCCAUAUACGGAACAAAGCAGCCAUAUCCAUCGCUUCGGUCAUCAAUAGGAAGAUCUUGGGCAAACCUCUAUUAUUCCAGAUCCAGAAGUCAAGCAUCCCAUCUGGGCUGGACUUGAGACAGGAACCAGACGAUAACAUCCCGGUUCCCGAAAGACCUUACCACAAGUGUUCGAUCUGCGGGAAGACCUUUGGUCAAAGCUCGCAUCUGAAUUUCCACCAGAGGACCCACGACGUAGAGAAGCCUUACAAGUGCACCCAGUGUGGGAGCAGUUUCCACUCACGCCAAGGCCUCAUCUACCACCAACGCAUCCACGCCGGCGAGAAGCCAUACAAAUGCUCCUUCUGCGGGAAAAACUUCAGCCAGAGUUCUCACCUCCUGGUGCAUAAGAGGAGCCACACGGGCGAGAAGCCCUUCAGGUGUCCUACCUGUGGGAAAUGCUUCAGUCGCAACUCCCUUCUGACCAUCCACCAAAGGACUCACACGGGGGAGAAGCCGUACACAUGCUUGCAGUGCGGUAGCCAGUUCCAUUCCGGUUCGGGGCUGAUUAACCACGAGAGGAUUCACGCAGGAGUGAAACCGUAUAAAUGCUCUACAUGUGGGAGGGAUUUCAUCCGGAAGGCACACCUCACUCGGCACCAGAGCAUACACAGCGAUGACAAGGACGGCACCCUCAUUGUGAGUGCUUGUGGGCCCCCUCGUGUGAGCCUUGUGAGUGCUUGCGGUUCCCCUCAUGCGAGCCUCAUUGUGAGUGCUUGUGGGCCCCCUCGUGUGAGCCUUGUGAGUGCUUGCGGCUCCCCUCGUGCGAGCCUCAUUGUGAGCGCUUGCAGCCCCACUUGUGCAAGCGUUGUCACGGGCUGUCGCAGUCCCAUUCGCAUGAGCCUCAUCGCAGGCACUCGCAGUCCCAUUUGCAUGAUCCUUGUCAACAGCGGUUGCAACUGCACUCAUGAGAGCGUCAUCGCAGGCAUUCAUAGCCCCACUCGCAUGAAUGUCGUUGUGGGCACUUGCGACCCCUCUCGCGCAAGUGUUAUCACAGGCACUCACAGCCCACUCACACGAGCGUCAUCGCGGGUGUUUGUGGCCCCACUCACACGAGCGUCAUCGCGGGUAACUUAUUUUUGGAGAUUCUUACAUCACCGGAUUAAAAUGGAAGAGAACCCCUUCCACGUCUGGCCAAAAGAAGAAGACCCAGAAGAGUUCAGAGAAGCCCUUGGUGGCCUCCAGAAGGUUGUUGCCCUCAAACCCCAGGCAGAUGAAGAAGUAGGAAGUCCACUGUUGAGAUCAGUGCCUUCUGGGUUUACUGGACACCACCUACCAAGGACAAGAUCCUAUUGGGUGAAAGAAGAAGCAAGAGAGGGUGCGACGAGAUGCUGGGAAGCCCAGUUGCAGAUGUUUCUGAAGAAAAUGGAGUCACCUUUUUCCACCUGGAGAUCCGCACCCUUGGCAGAGGUGCCUACACCAUGGGACAAUGCCAAGGCAUUCUUGGAUUCCUUUGAACAAGUGGCCAAAGCUUGCCAGUGGCCCAGGGAGGAAUGGGUAGCCAGACUCUUGCCAGCACUCCGUGGAGAGACCCAACAGGUCUUUGACGGAAUGGUGGCCAAGGAUAGGAUAGAUUAUGGGAAAGUGAAGGCAGCCAUCUUGCAAGGGGACGCCCUACAGAGGGAGAAACAUCGUCAGCACUUCCGGCAUUUCUGUUACCAGGAGGCUGAGGGACCUACCGCAGCAUACAAUCAGCUCCAAGAUCUUUGUUACGGGUGGCUGAAAGUGGAGAGACACUCUAAGGAGCAGAUCCUGGAGCUGUUGAUCCUGGAGCAAUUCCUGGCGAUCCUGCCCCUGGAGAUCCAGAGUUGGGUACGGGAAUGCAGCCCCGAGACUUGCUCCCAAGCGGUGGGCCUGGCCGAAGAGUUUCUUCAGCGUCAACGAGAGACCAAGGACCGCCGUGGAAAGCAGGUCAACAUCAAAGAGAGCUCCCUGCAUUCCUCUGAGGCCAACCAGGCUCCCCCUGAUACGGAGCAGAGGCAGCUGUAUGCCGCAACUGAGCAGGAAGACGUGGGAGAAAUGAAGAAUGAAGACGAGAUGGAACCUUGUGAGAUGCCUUCAGAAACCAACCCUAUCGAAGUCCUCAAAGAAAACUUACGGAAGCAGGGCGGAUCAAACAGAUCUGAGGGGAUCCCUCUAGAGAAAAGGAGUGACGUCGCCAUUUCCUGCCAGGAGGAAGAUGUCCAUGAAGUCAUCAUUCGGGGACAAUCAAUGGAAGAGAGGAAGAAACAUUGCCAGGGCGACCAGUGGAGAAGCCACUUAGGGGAGAAACCCAACAAGAACCCAAGUUUUGGGAUGAGUAUUCAUCAGAACGGCAACUUUGCCGAAUAUCAGCUUCUCCACUCUGGUGUGAAGCCCUACAAAUGCUUAGAAUGUGGGAAAGGUUUUAGUCAAAGCACCCAACUGACCUCCCAUCAGAGGACCCACACGGGAGAGAGACCGUACAGUUGUCCAAGCUGUGGCAGGACCUUCAAUCAGAGCACCAGCCUGAUUCAACACCAGAGGAUCCACACGGGGGAGAAACCCUAUCAAUGUUCCGAGUGCGGGAAGAGCUUCCGCCACAGCACCAGCCUGACCUCCCACCAGAGAAUCCACACGGGGGAAAAGCCGUACAAAUGCUCGGAUUGCGGGAAAGGCUUUUGCAACCAGUCGGGCCUCAUUAACCACAAGACCAUUCACACGGGGGAGAGGCCGUACAAAUGCUUGGAGUGCGGGAAGAGUUUCAGCCAGAGCACCCACCUUACGUCGCACCAAAGAAUUCACACCGGCGAGAGACCGUAUAAAUGCUCGGACUGCAACAAAACCUUUUGCGAUCAGUCGGGACUCGUUAAACACCAGAGGAUUCACACGGGGCAGAAACCCUAUAAAUGCCUGGCGUGUGGGAAGAGUUUUAGCCAAAGCACCAAUCUUAUUAGACAUCAGAGAAUCCAUACGGGAGAGGAAGCCCACAAAUUAACCUCUCCUUGUAACGCGACGGUUGCGUUCCAGUUUCAAAGGCCUGCCAUUUCUAAGGCUUAAUACUGGUAGUCCUCGACUUACGACCACAAUUGAGUGCAGAAUUUAUGUCGCUAAGUGAGUUUUGCCCCGUUUUACGACUUUUCUUGCCUCCUUUGUUAAGGGAACGUGUGUUGUUUAAUGACCCCAUAAUCCUUUGUGGGGUGGAGUCGGGGCAAUUGAGUGUUUACUGGCCGGAUGCCCUUCCCGGUCGCCAAUGUGGAGUUUUGCAGCAGAUAUAUUCUCAUUGUGCCCAGAGAGAGAAAUAUCAGCCUCUACCUAGGAUCGAACUCACAGCCUCCUGAUUGUGUGGCGAAAGCUCCACCUCUAGGCCACCGCACCACACUGUUAAAUUAGUAACGCAGUUGUUAAGUGAAUCUGGCUUCCCCAUUGACUGCUUGUCAGAACGUCGCAAAAGAUGAUCAUGUGACCACAAGAUGUUGCAACCGUCAGAAUAUGAAUCAGUUGUCAAGCAUCUGAAUGUAAAGCAUGUGACCAUGGAGCACGUGUCCAAGGUCAUAGGUGUGAAAAAUGAUCAUGUCACUUUUUUCAGUGCCGUUGUAACUUCGAACAUUAUUAACAACCGUCGGUAACUGAAGCAAAAAAAGUCAUAAAAUUAGGCACGACUCAUUUAACAUGUUUUGCUUAAAUUUUGGCCCCGACUAUGCUCGUAAAUGGAGGACUACCUGUACACUUCUACAGCAGUCAUACCCACUGCGAUAUUAUAAAUUGGUGUCUCUUGAUCAUCUGUCUAUAGCAAUUUUUCUCAACCUCCGGCAACUUUAAGAUAUGUGGACUUCAACUCCCAGAAUGCUUCAUGCUGGCUGUGGAAUUCUGGGAGUUGAAGUCCACACAUCUUAAAAGUGGCCAACAUUGAGAAAUACUAGCUUAUAGGAACAAUAGUCAAAACUGAAAUACGCAGAGCGAACGCCCCCUUUCCUAAGCGUUCGAUCUGCUGCUCCUGAGCCUUUCCAAAACGGCCACCAACUUUGAAUAUGCUAGAAGGAAGAAAUGAUUCGAUCCAUUGGGAAUAAAUAUGAACUAUAUUGUAACAAU